CAGUGCGGGAAAAGACGCGAAAAGAAGAUAAGAAAAAGAUGCCAGCUACGACCACAAAAGCGUCACAGAGGAAUUCAGACGUGGUUCUUCGUGCCCGUCGAUAUCCGACAAUGACAGCAGCGGCCGGGAUCAAACUUCCAGGUCAGGAGCAAUAUGACAAACUGCGCAAGGCUUUGCAGUCCGGAAAUCGAUCGCAAAUCGACAAGAUCCUUGAAUCGCUUGUGAGGUCGUGCCAGAAGCGGAUAGACUCCGGACCAGGUGCUGAAAAACCGAAAAUUGAUGAAGAUCAACUGAAUUUUUGGUUAAACGAUGUGCUACGGUUGUUGUUUGAUUGGGAAAACCCUCUGACACGAGACCUGGCCUUGCGAGCAUUAGAAGCUGUUCUACCGCAUUUAGAGCAAACGUUGUAUCUCGAUUCAACGGCAUGGCCUUCGCUGAAAACGCAAAUUAGCAACGUGUAUUCGAAUCUGCUUGACCAAGCACGCGGCCGUAAUGACCCGGAGUGGCAUCGAAAGUGGUCGGUGCUGGUGCGCAUUCUAGAUCGGGAGAUCUGCCAGGGUGCAGUGAUUAUAAAUGUGUUUCUAGCGAUUGUUGAAAGUGGCUUCCGUUCGUCGGAGCUGCUGGUUCGGGAGCAAUCGUUCGAUUGUUGGAAGCUCCUGGUGGAGAUUUUCGCCAAGUAUAACCAGAUCAGUAUUCCGAAGCGGAUAAAACUGAUAUGUAUACCGCUGAAGAGCUCGAAAAGCAAAACGGAAGUGAUUGCGAAGAAAAAGUUCGAAAUUUGGUGGUUUCUUAUAAACAAGCUGCGGAAUCAGCUGGAUGCUUUUGCGGACAAUGUUUUCGAGCCAUUUAUUUACUUUUGUUUUGGUCCGUCGUUCAAAACACCGUUGUGCUACUAUUUUGAUAAUAGCUACCAAGAGUUCGGGGCACCCGGAAAAAUUUACAACUCGAUCAAGCAGCUUUCGGCUGUCGCACUGAUACAAAUGCUCGGUCCGGCAACGAAAGCAACCGAAGCUCUGCUUCAAGAGGCUAUCGCUGACAAUAACGGUAAAAAUGGAUUGGCUGUUUUCAAUCCGGUUGCAGCUUCGGAAACAAAUGCCAUUAUAUCACCGAAGCUGUUUACGGUGAAGGCAAAGCUGCUUAUCAACUCGUGCACCGAAUGUACGGUGCUGUUUUCGCAGAUGAAACAACUCAACUAUUUGGAGUUGAAUCAAUGCCUUUGGAAGAAUCUACUAGCGAUGGUAGAGCAGGAGAAGACCAUUCCCCGGUCGGAGAUGCUCGACUGGAUUCGGGAAAACUUAGCUGCCUUGAUCAAUUUGAGUACUCAGUCGAAGGAUGAAUCCAUUCGACAACUGACGCACGACACGAUUCGGAUGGUAGCAGAAACCAAACUGCUGACCGUCACCAUCGGUCAGGACAGCCCGGAACAGUUGGCCAAUAACUAUCGGACCUUUAUGAGCCUGUUGUUUAACUCGGACUUGGACUACCCGGAAGACAUUUCUCAAGCAAUCCUUUCGGCCGUAUUCGACCUCCGCCGGUAUUCCUCUUCACAGGCGAGUGGCUAUUGGGACAUGCUACAGAAAACGGUUCAAUACCUAUCGGAUCUGGAUGCAGCGCUUUUCCACGAUUCGACUGCAAAUCGACGGUUCAUUGCACAAAUCUACCGGCUGAUGGCCGUUCACCUGAAGGAACAAAUUAUCGCGCAGCGCAGGCAGUUCGAACGGUCGUCUGGAAUUGCGCUAGGAUUUCUCCUGUAUCCGCUGGAGUACGAUCGCUGUCUACAGGUGGAUGCAGUAAGCGACGAGUGGCAGCAAGUGUAUGCUGCCAUUGUGUCCAAAUCGGGUACUCGGUAUGCUUGCGCUUUCAGUGAACUGGUGAAAGCCAUGACGGUUGCUAAGUAUAACUGUAAUCUGGGUGUGAUUUUGAACUUUUUCUGUGUGGUUCUUGAAGCGGUGCCUGGUGAUUUCGAUCCAACUCAACCGCCGGUUAAGACGCUUGAGCUGUUCAAAGAUUUGGUGCGGAAGGCGUUGGUUUUUCAAAAUAGUUUGAAGGAGGUUUCACGUGCAGUGGAGUGCUUUGCACGACUGAUUGAAAGGAUGUCUGUUCGGGGGUUGUUGGUGGUCAUUAUGCCGAUCAGGAAUGUGAUAAGCGAAAUGGUGACGGGAGACAAUAGUCAGCUGGUGGGAGAAGUUAAAGUAACCUUGAAGACGCUGGUUGAUCGAUUCGUAGCAGCGAGGUUUGCCACGGAAUUGAAAACUCAACCGAAGGAGGUUAAGUGGAACUGUAAGAUGCUGGUGUCGCAACUGUUGGAGCUACCCUCGGCGAUGCAGCGCCAAUGGAAGGUUGGAGAUUUGAAAAAGUUGAUGGAUAUUUGUGAGGGAAAGGAACCGACGGGUAAGCCAGCCAAAGCGGCUGCCAAAAAGGAGGGAGAAUUUGUUGUCAUUGAUAAAGUGUGGAAGUUUACUCCGGAUAAAUUAACCGAACAUCAGCGUGAUAGAAUGCGGGAAAAGCGCGACGACAUCCCGGCACUGUACAACGAUAUGAGUCAAUCGCAGGAUAGUUUUGUAAUUAAGCCUUGGACUCCGAAUAAGAUUGUCAUACCGGCGGAUGCUAAUAACGAUCACGACACGAUUGUUAUGUGUGCCAGCGGUGGGGAGUCCAAUUCGGUUACUCAAGCCUCCGGUGCUCAAGAAGCAUCCGUACCGAAGGAACAAGGAGCAGCCACCGGUGAAAAAAUUAAACUAGAUAAAGAGAACAAUAAUGGCAACGUACCAUCGGAUGCUGCGAAUGAUAAGGAGGCCUCCGAAAGCUCGAGUACUUCUGCAGCUGCGAAAAAAGCGGCUGAUAAAAAGACAAGAGUAGCUAGAGAAUUGGACCAGCUGAAGAUUGACACCAUUGAGGGGAAAAAUCUGCAGGUAGGACGACUGGCCAGAACCAGACGCUCUGGAAGUCUAGAACCUGCCGGUCCUCCUACCAGGAAAAAGUUAAUCGAUUUGAAAAAAUCCGAUGGUUCUCGUAAGUCUGCUGAAGGAGAAAAAAAGCGUGUGAAACGCAAAGUGGAGAAAAUUGAUGAAAAACCAGAGGAGAAACUAGAACCGUCGUCUCCGGCCAAAAAAACGACAGCCGAAGAAAAGCCGAAAAUUUCGGCUGAACGAACUUCACCUCGCAAAUCUCUGAACUUCGACAAUGUUGUCGAUAAAGAGCCCACAGCUGCCACCGAAGCCCCGAGCACGCGGUCUCCAGCUAAAGUUAAAAACGUCAACGAAUCCGUCGAUGAAAUAAUCGAAUCUUCGCAGCAAGUGAACUCGCAAUCGGUACUGGCCAGAAAGUUCACUACUCGAAAGCCAAAAGAAGAGGAAAAAGAAGUUACUGCAGCUCCAGCACUGAAUGAGACUUUACCAUUCGACACGGAGGCGGAAAUUGAACUGGCCAAGUUGAAUCGUAAAUCGCCGAAUAAAGUAAAAUCGGAGGACAUCAUGGAAUCGCCUAGUAAGAAUACUAGAAGUGCAGUGGCUGCUGCGCAGCAAAAGCCCUCUGAUACAGAAAGUGUUCUGAAUACGCUUUCUCCAGCGACUUUAACAGAACCAGAAACCGCCUCAGAACCUUUAAUAACUCAGAUUGAAAAACCCAAGCCCGUUUCUCCUGCAAAGAGUCCCAAGAAAGGAAAACGGUCGCUAAGUCCUGCACCUGAACCGAUGGAGACUGAUCAAUCUGCACUGGAAUCUCCGAACAAAACCGGAACGACGAAUGCUAAUAAAUCUCCAAAUGUGACCCCAACCAAAAGUCUCGACGAUCAGCUGGAACCCCUCGUAAAAAACCUGAAUCGAAGUUUAGUUUCCUCGCCAGAAGGAGCAGACCAGGAGGAGCGUGAUGCAGAUCUUCUCAACAGCACCCUCAACAUUUCCCCUAUAGCCGAAGCAAAAGCAGAACCAUCUACUCCUCUGACAACUGCAGCGGCUGCCUGCAAGGAUCCCUCCUCCACAGGGAGUGGUGAAAAACGCCUGUCCAGUCGCCUGAUGGAACGGGAGAAAACUUCCGGCGUAAUGCCUUCUCCUGUAACUCGUCGAACACGCAACUCGCCUCCGGUGCCUGCUGCGAUGGCCAACCUCAAAGCUCGCACCCUACAGAUGACACCGCGCAGUCCAAGUACCCACCGAAUCGAACUGCGAGGUCGAGGUGCCCAACUGAUCAACCUCAUUCGUAACCAGCAAAACGAAUCUUCACCGAAACCUUCGGGACCACUGGUCCCACAGCACUCUUCCACACCCAAACCAACGCUACCGUCUACCCCCGUCAACGACCGGUGCCUGAUGAUGCGAAAAAUGGCCACCAGCAGCAGCAAUACACCCGCCGGUUCUACAACCCAAUCGCCGGAUCAACCGAAACCACUGGAAAAAGAAAAGGAAAAAGACUAUCUCGUCUUCUCGAAAGUUCUUCCGUCUCCUCAAGCAUCCCCCGCGGCUAGUAUCCUCAAGCGCAAGCUAAAUCACGAGGACAGUGGCGAUGAUAUGGAAUCACCAGCCAACAAACGAAAGCGAGUAAGUUUCCACGAUCCACCGGUCUCGCUUACCAAGGAAUACAUCCGUCAGGAAGAAGAAUGUCGCUCUCCAUCAAUCAACCGGUGUCUACAGCUGGUCGGAAUGUCCCCAGCGGACAAGGCCAAAUUCCUACUGCGACGCAAGACCAAAACCGACAGUCUAUCCGAGCUGGUUAGCUUCACGCAAACAGGCAAUCCACCCGAGGACACUGCGAACAAGGAGGAUGAAGACGAAAUCACCUCUUCACCCGAAUCGCUGGAAGGUGAAUUCAUGCUCAACACAACCGACAACAUGAGCACCCUGCAAGUAACCACCGACGGUGAACAAAUACUCCGAUCCAACGCCAGUCCAAAUCCAUCCGGCAAUCCAGCAAACACUGUUCAGCCCGUUCCUUCACCCCCGGUCGAAGCAGCUUCGGUCACCAUCGAACAACCCCUCAAACGAACAUCCCCACGAAAGAUCUCACCGAAGGUGACACCCGACGAACCGGUGGCAGUUCUCAACAACAAAAAACCAGCCUCGCCUAUUCCCGCUCAAACAGUUCCCGAAAAACCGGACACCAGCAUCCGCUUCCAGUCCGAGGAUGAAAUACUCGCACAUGUGAUCUCAACCCACUCCCUAGACUCCGUACUGGAGCGCUACCUGGCGGCCGGUAAAUCACUCGAGCAGAACAAAUCCACCCGCCUGCUGACCCGCGAACUGUCCACGCUGAUGAGCAAAGACGCCAAAACUCGCUACACCGUGCUGGACGAACUAUCCGAGCGGCAUUCGGCCGAAUUUCUGGAUCACGCCGUACAGGAAAAUUCAUCCGCCAUGGUAUGUCAGCGACUUUCAAUGAUCACUAUGAUCGAGUUCAUUUUCGAACAACUGAAGAAACUGCCACCACCGGGUGGCGAUGACCAGGAAGCACAGAACGAGCGAACCCGAAUCCUGCAGACGAUGUUUGACAAUCUGCUGCAGCUGGACGCUCCGGCGGAGGUUGUUCAACUGCGGGAAAACUUUGUGAAAGCGGUCAUUCGCGGUAAAAGUCGAGCCGAACUCAUGGAUCUACUGGAGGAAUACUUUACCAAUCGAGGGAUAGCAGCGGCCAAAAGCAUCUGACCACGCCGCCGUCUUUUGUGUGAUUUUUCAGCCAGCGAAUGUUUUGCUUUAGAAUCAUUAUAAGAUUAAGAUGUGUUAGUUUAAGAGUGUAUUGAAGUAGUUUGCGUUUUUUAUUGAACAUCAACUCAAUUGUACUAUGUUCAUUGCGACGGACCUUGAAAUAGUUCGUUAUAUUAACAACAAUUGAACAGCAGUGUAUAGGAUAGCUAAAGCAAGUAGACUUGCCUUCUCGAAAUGAAAACGAAAACAACAUAUAAUCUUAAUAUCAAUAUGUUCUUGUUUUCAAGAAACACACGAGGUACAAACUUUGAAUGAUAAACGUUUUAACAUUAUUAAGGGUCGGUAACUUUCUCCGACGUAUUGAUCACAUUUGUA